AUGGUGCCAUCAUCAAUUUCCCUCCUCUUAUUGUUCAUUCUCAUAGCACUCAUUGCUAGUACCUCCGCUAACACAUGCACCACCCAAACCCUCACCGACGCUAGUAAUAACAACAAGGUUUAUGCCAAUUGCAUGGACCUCCCACAUCUUAAUGCUUUCCUCCAUUGGACACACAACACAUCCAAUUCCUCUGUGUCUGUUGCCUUUGUGGCGACCCCACCUCGUCCAGGAGGUUGGGUUUCCUGGGCAGUUAACCCAACUGGCACGGGCAUGGUGGGGGCCCAAUCCUUUGUGGCCUACAAGGGUGACAACGGUGUCGUAACCGUCUUUCCCCUCAACAUACAAUCAUAUAGUAAGAUGUCUCAGAACCUCACGAUUGACACGUGGAAUUUGAGGGGAGAAGAGGAUGAAGGAAUAAUCAAGAUCUUUGUGAAUAUAAAGGUGGUUGAGAAUGCAGUGAGCUUGAACCAAGUGUGGCAAGUGGGGCCCUCAGUGACAGCAGGAAGGAUCGACCCGCAUGCCUUUGCUCCUGAGAAUUUGAAUUCCAAGGGACCACUUAGCUUGGUUGGAACACAAAGUAUUUCUCAUGGCGUGGAUUCAAGGACCAAGAGAAAGAAUAUUCAUGGAAUACUAAAUGCUGUGAGCUGGGGUUUCCUGUUUCCCCUUGGAGUAGCCAUAGCAAGGUAUUUGAGGAUAUUCCCAUGUGCAGAUCCAACUUGGUUCUAUCUUCAUGUUGGUUGCCAAAUGUCUGCUUAUGUCAUUGGGGUUGUUGGCUGGGUAACUGGUCUUAAGCUCGGAAGUGAAUCAGAAGGCAUUGUGUACACUGCUCAUCGCAAUAUUGGAAUAGCCCUCUUUUGUCUUUGCACUAUUCAGAUGUUCGCAUUGCUCGUAAGGCCAAAUAAGGAUCACAAAUAUCGUGUCUUCUGGAAUAUCUAUCAUCAUAGCUUUGGAUACACUAUAAUUUUCCUUGGAAUUAUCAACGUAUUCAAGGGUUUUGACAUCUUGAGUACAACGGAGAAAUGGAAAUCAAGUUAUAUUGUAGCGAUUUCUGCAUUGGCUAUAACUGCUUUAAUCUUGGAGGUGAUCACAUGGAUUGUUGUCUUGAGGAGAAAGUCUAACACUAAAUAA